AUGUCCACGGUCACGAGGCCCGGCGGCACUACAGCCACAGUAACGAGGACCAGCGGCACUACGGCCACGGUAACAAAGACCAGCGGCACUACGGCCACGCUAACAAAGACCAGCGGCACUACGGCCACGCUAACAAAGACCAGCGGCACUACGGCCACGCUAACAAAGACCAGCGGCACUACGGCCACGCUAACAAAGACCAGCGGCACUACGGCCACGCUAACAAAGACCAGCGGCACUAUGGCCACGGUAACGAGGACCAGCGGCACUACGGCCACGCUAACAAAGACCAGCGGCACUACGGCCACGUUAACAAAGACCAGCGGCACGACGGCCACAGUAACGAGGACCAGCAGCACUACGGCCACGCUAACAAAGACCAGUGGCACUACGGCCACGGUAAUGAGGAACAGUGGCACUACGGCCACGGUAACGAGGACCAGUGGCACUACAGCCACAGUAACGAGGACCAACGGCACUACGGCCACAGUAACGAGGACAAAACAGCACUAUGUCCACAGUAA